CUCACACCAGUCCAUUUCGCCUCUUCCCCCUCAGAUCCAGGGUUCUGUAUACUUCACUUUCUUCCAAGAUUGAUUUAAUGGUAUAUCCAAUAGUGUUAUAGAGGGUUAUAUAUUUGGCUAUCAAAGGACGAUAUAAUGGAAGAAAUACAGUCCCAAUCUGAUAACUACAGAUCUUCAUCAUCUUCAGCUAGCAGUCCUGCUAGUAGAGUUCCAUCUAGCAAUUUUUUCUACUUAAGAAAACCAGGUGCUUUAAGACAGCCAAUUUCAUUCGAGGAUUCACCUGAUUGGGAGGAUACAGAUGUGGAGGUUAGGGUGGAAGAGGGUGGGGGGGACUCCAUUAACACCGCCACUGCCCCGGUUUCACCGUCUCUUUCUAAGCUUAAUAGUGGCUCCCUGCCAUCCCCACCAUUGCCGGAGGGUGCAAUUGUAGCAAGAAAGAUUGCAGGGGCUACCAUUGUGUGGAAGGAUUUGACAGUUACUAUAAAGGGUAAACGGAAGUAUUCCGAUCGGGUCAUAAAAAGUUCAAACGGCUACGCUUUACCUGGAACGAUGACUGUAAUCAUGGGCCCUGGAAAGUCAGGGAAAUCAACACUAUUGAGGUCCCUUGCAGGAAGAUUAGAUGAUUCAGCCAAAAUAUAUGGCGAAGUAUUCGUCAAUGGAGCAAAGUCAAACUUGCAAUACGGAUCCUAUGGAUUUGUCGAGAGAAAAGACACACUUAUCGGAUCAUUGACUGUGCGUGAGUUUCUUUACUACUCGGCACUUCUUCAGCUUCCUGGUUUCUUUUAUCAGAAGAAGAGUGUCGUUGAGGAUGCUAUCCUUGCCAUGUCGUUGGGUGAUUAUGCGAAUAAACUCAUAGGUGGCCACUGUUAUAUGAAGGGACUUCCUAGUGGUGAGAGAAGGCGUGUCAGCAUUGCGAGAGAGCUUGUGAUGAGGCCACAAGUCUUAUUUAUAGACGAGCCUCUGUACCAACUCGAUAGUGUUUCUGCACUACUGAUGAUGGUGACGUUGAAGAAGCUUGCGAGCACAGGUUGCACCCUAAUUUUCACCAUUUAUCAGAGUAGCACAGAAGUGUUUGGCCUCUAUGACCGAAUUUGUCUUCUUUCAAAUGGGAACACACUGUUUUUUGGAGAGACACUGGCUUGUUUGCAGCACUUCUCAAAUGCUGGAUUUCCUUGCCCAAUUAUGCAAAGUCCUUCUGAUCAUUUUCUUCGUGCCAUAAACACGGACUUUGACCGAAUUAUUGCGAUGUGCAAAACCUGGCAGGACGACCAUGGGGAUUUUUCAUCAGUUAAUAUGGAUACUGCUGUAGCGAUCCGCACCCUUGAAGAAACAUAUAGAUCUUCAGCUGAUGCAGCAGCGGUCGAGACUAUGAUUCUCAGGCUAACCGAAAGGGAAGGUCCGUCUCUCAAAAGCAAGGGGAAGGCAAGUAGUGCUACAAGGAUAGCAGUCUUGACUUGGAGAUCGUUGUUGAUUAUGUCAAGGGAGUGGAAAUAUUACUGGCUUCGGUUAAUUCUUUGCAUGCUUCUUGCACUAUGUGUUGGCACUGCCUUUUCCGGAUUAGGCCAUUCGUUGUCUUCUGUUGGGACAAGAGUUGCAGCAAUCUUUGUGUUUGUAUCUUUUGCUUCACUCCUAAGCAUUGUUGGGGUACCUGCACAACUGAAGGAGGUCAAGGUCUAUGCUUGUGAAGAUUCAAAUCGACAUUCGGGGGGAGUAGUUUUUUUAUUGGGACAACUCUUUGCGAGUUUUCCGUUCUUAUUUCUAAUCUCCAUUUCGUCGAGUUUGGUUUUCUACUUCCUUGUGGGGCUUCGAAACGAUUUCAGCUUUAUGAUGUAUUUUGUGCUCAAUUUCUUCAUGUGCCUUUUGGUUAAUGAAGGGUUGGUGCUUGUUGUUGCCACCAUUUUGCAAGAUAUGUUCUGGAGUAUCUCAACACUUGUCUUCAUUCAUGUGGCCAUGAUGCUUUCUGCUGGCUAUUUCCGAAUUCGCAGUGCUUUGCCUGGACCAGUAUGGAUGUAUCCUGUAUCCUACAUUGCUUUCCACACUUACUCAAUCCAGGGUCUGUUGGAGAAUGAGUACGACGGAACAUCAUUUGCGGUGGGGCAGGUGAGGACGAUAUCAGGGUAUCAAGCGCUACAUAACGUAUAUGAUGUUUCAGCUGAUGAUGAUUCGAAAUGGAGGAAUCUAGUGAUCCUUUGUGUGAUGGCUGUCGGGUAUCGGGUGGUUGUGUUUCUAUUACUACAUUUUCGUGUGAAGAAGUCGUCGUCUCUAUUUAGAUUUGUGUGUUGUAAACUGAAGAUGAAUGAUAGAAGAUGAAUGAAUAUAUAUAUAUAUAUAUAUAGAUUUAUGUAUGUAUGUAUGUAUGUACUACUAUCUUGCCCUUUUGGGCUGCUGUUGAGAGUGUAUGGGCUUCCUAAUGUAUCUUGGUUACUCCAUUUUUG